AGAACAGCAAAAAAUAAAAUGAUAUAAAAAUAAUAAUUCUUCAAUGGGAACUACCAUAUGGUCGUAAUAUUCAACUUGGAACAUAAACUUUUCAAAUAGUUAACACCCUAAUAAAAGCCAUUAUAAAAACUACGUCUCUGACUCUGUGGAGAAUGCGACAAAGUUUAUGCCAGCCAGGACGACGACGACGAUGCCUGCGUCGCACUGCAAUCAGCCAAGGAGCCAAAGUCGAUGCCGCCGCAAACGAGUCCCAAAUGGAGGUUGGGCGGGCAAUGAGCAUACAAAAGGCUCUGUAAGUGUCAUUGCAGCCAGGAACUGGGCCACUGGGACUGGGACUGGGACUGGGAUUGGGACCAGCAGCACAACUGAAAGCAGAACAAGCAAGGCGUAUACUAGCAGGAAGGCAAGGACGACACGAAAGACGGUGACGAUGGUGACAACUCCAAAGAUGACAGCAGCAGCAGAAGCAGCAGCAGAAGCAGUAGAGGAGCCAAAAGGAGCAUCUGCCGCCCUUGGCCAACAAAGUCGCCAAUUUUUACGCACAUCGAGAAAAACAUCUUGGCUGCUGCUGUCGUAUCUUUGCCUCCGCCAGCGCCACCAUCUCGGCAUCUCCAUCUACUGCAUCAUCCUGAUGGCAACUGUCGGCUUUGGGACGCGACUUGUCACCUGCAGCAGCAGCAGCAUCAUCAGCUCCACCUCUUCAGCUGGCACAAACAACCCAGAGCUUACAACAGCCAGCAGAUCCAUUUUACCAGAUAGGCCAAUGACAACACAAAACGAUCUAAUUACGACAGCCAGCAACUUGGCGACAGCCACAACAGAAGCAGUGACAGUGACAGGAACAGGAAUAGGCUCAAGUUCGGGCUUGGGUGCGGGACCGGAGAGCUUGCCCCUAGCCCAGGGCAUGUCAUCAGGAACAGUUACAACAACAACACUAACAACAACAACAGCAGCAACAAGGAUACUCACACUGAUGAGAAGGACGCGAACUAAGUCUGCGCAAAUUGGGCUAACUACAGCAACCACAGAAAAACAAACAAACGGUGAAACAGGCAACAUGGGAGGAGUAGAAGGAGAUGAAGAAGGAGAAGUAGCGCUGCUCAUAUCAACAAUUUAUCCCACGGAAACGGAUGCCCACAACUCCAUUGAAAUGGCUACAACCGCAGCAGCAACAUCAGCCACGCACGAGGAGACGACACACACAACACAGUUGCCACCGCAGGAAAUGGAGGAGGGGUCGAUGGAUGCCACGGAUGAAGAGAGUGAGUUGGCUGUGCUACCUCAUCCGGUUGAUGGUGCAGAUUCAUUGACCAAGGGCUUCUCCAUACCCACAUUUUUGCCACCGUUUCCCGUUUUUGCGGCAGCGGAUUUGCCAGCUUACCGCGCCCGAGCUGCCGCCGAGGCAGAAGCUGCAGCCGCUGCCGCUGCUGCUGCUGCAGCAGCUGCAGAGACCUCCUCGGUUGUAGCCUUCACCACGACAAUGUCACCGGCGGAGCUGCGCCGGAAAGUGUUUAAUGAGCAACAUUCGUACUUGGUCUCACGGAAUGGCCAGCGGAGAAAUCUGACAAUGCCAGUGCUAAACCUUACCGCUCAGAUGGGAAAUCACGCUUAUAUGCCAUGUCAGAUACAUCGUCUCUCGGAUAAGCCCGUCUCAUGGGUUCGCAUGCGGGACAAUCACAUCAUAAGUGUAGAUGAAUCCACUUUUAUAGCAGAUGAGAGAUUUCAAUCGAUAUUCCAAGAGGAUCACGAUUAUACCUGGUCACUGCAAAUCAAGUAUGUGCAGCCCCAAGAUGAGGGCUGGUAUGAAUGUCAAAUGGCCACAGAGCCCAAACUGAGUGCCAAAGUUCAUUUGGAAAUAGUCACCCCUAAGACUGAGCUUAUUGGCGACCGAAGUCGCUUCGUCAAGGCCGGCAGCAAAGUGGCCUUGCAUUGCAUUGUAAGAGGCACUCUAGAUCCGCCUAAGUAUAUCAUAUGGUUUCGUGGCCAAAAGAAAAUCAGCGAAACUGAUGAGCGAACUGGUUGGUACACACAAAUCGAUCGAAAUAUAUUUGGCACUGUGGGCGAUAAUCAAAAUACGAUCGGUUCAUUAAUCAUACCGCUCGUGCGUAAAGAGGACUCCGGCAAUUAUACGUGCCAGCCAUCAAACAGUAUCUCUGUCUCCGUCGACCUGCACGUCCUCAGCGGUGAAUAUUCCGCAUCGGCUAUCAUGUCCAGGGCCUCGGUGUGUCGACAUCUUAGGAGCACGUCCCAACUGCUGUUAGUGCUAUUGCUGACCCUCAGGCUGAUGCCAGAGCUCCUGGGAAUGGGCCAAGAAGGAUUGGCAUUGGCCAAGACGUGACUUGUGACUCCGCGUGACUCGCUUAUUGAAUUGACCCCUGGGAUGGGAAUGGCGUCCGUCGUCCAGGAUGUCGUCAGGACGGACUUCAAUUAUUUCUAAGCUUCGUUUGCAGUUACAUCACUUAGGUUAGAGAUUAAUUAAACAAGUUGGUACGGCUGGCAGGCGGGCAGGCAGAAUUGUAUAUAACUGGUGAUCUAAAUUUUUUCCCCUUCUCUCUAAUUAAGUUUGGGUAUGUGUUGUAAAUUUCUUUGGAACUUAAUUUUAUUUUAGAUAUAUACGUACAUAGAUAAAUGCAGAAAACAUCGUCUCUAUAUUUAAAGUUGUGAACGAAAUCAAUAAUUAGAUUAUUGCCAACAGAAGAAAAAUAAAAUAGUAAAACAGAUACUGAAACAUUAAACUUACCAAUCAAAUUCAUUGA